AUGGCGUCUCCAGCAAGAGUGGUGGCAAUGUCUUCCACAUCCUCCUCCUCCGCAACUGCUGCCGGCCUCCGGAAGCUCUUGUCACACCCAAAGGCCCUCAAUAAGACUCUGGCUGGUCUUAGGGUUCGUCCCGCUUCAGACUAUGUUCACCAAUGGGUUGCUGUCCCUGGAAUAGCAACCGCAAAGGCUUCUUCAUCAAAAGCCUCUAAUAAAGUAGCAGGAUCGUCAUCACAAUCAGGAGCGCCUUCAAUACUGACCGCUACAGGAGAACGCACAAGGAUGCGUUGGCAGGAGGCCAAGGUUUCAGCUCGAGUGUUGGCUGAUAUCCGUAAAAAAGUGGCUCGUCUGGAGAGAGCUGGUAUUGCUCUUGCCACCCAUCCCGAGACAGGAGCACCCAUCCCUGCGGCACAGCUCUUGAACUUGCCACCUCCAAAACCAGCAUCAACAAAGACUGUGCGGAUGGGUAAGCCAGAUAAGGGUCGCAAGCAUGACAGGACUGCCCCGCUGAGGAAGGCAAAAAUUGCCAAGGCUAUCGCUGAGAUGCCCAAGACAAUUGAAACCUGGAAAAAGGCCAAGGCAGCAGAAAAGACAAAGACCAAGAGCACUCUGCCUUUCUAA